AUGGUGUUCACUAGGCUAUCCACACAAGAGAAGGAGGCGUUCUUUGGAUUACUGGACGAAUACUUCCAGUCACGCCCCGAACUCUUUGGAAACGGUGGUGUGGGAUCAGGAAUUGGACUGGGGAUUUCGCCUGCAACAGCUACGUCGGCUGUGCAGCGCGCUCUUUCUACUGCGACAGGAGACGACAAUAAUAAUGGUGGUCGUGGCAGCGCGUCGACACCGGGAGUUAGGACCAUACCCGGCGGAAGGUUGGCAGGGAAUAAUGCGCUCAUGUCGUCUGCGUCAGCUGCGGCUUCGAAUCCUGAGGCUGCUCAUGCAGUAGGACGUGUCGCUGCCGCUGCGCUCGCAUUUUCGGGUGGCAAUACCGGAAACACGACGGGAGGAGGGAUGGGCACCACCCCAACGAGGGCGCCACCACCCGUCUUACCUCGGCGAAUUCCCAGUACUAGCGCUACGAGUACCAGCUCCUCUUCGCAGGACCGCACCGCUCUUCCAGGUUCCGAGGUUGACAAACUCGUGUCCAAAAAGAACAGCGUGUUUUCCGCGUUUAAGAGAUCGAACCAAACCCCCGUAGCAGCUCUCCCACCUGCGUUCUCACCUCCGAAAAGUACAUUUGGACCACCUCCUGUUCGGCGUGCUCCUUCAACGUCAGAAACCGACGACAAGCCAUCGUCGCCAAUCCCACCUGCGCCUCCAGGCCGUCGGGUACCUGCAAUACAUCAAGCCGAGCCCGAACCGGAACCGGAGCCAGAGCAGCAGGGGGAAUGGGUGGAGGCCCUAUAUGACUAUAGCAGCGAGGACCCUGGUGAUCUGACAGUUGAGGCAGGUUCUCGGAUACUGGUCACGGAGAGAUCUUCCGGGGACUGGUGGACCGGGAGGAUUGAUGGCCAAGGUCGAGAAGGACUUUUCCCAGCGUCAUAUGUCAAGCUUUUAUAG